AUGAAUUUACAUGUUUUUUUUUCUUAUCUCGGCGUGUAUAUAGAUAGUUUUCCAGGAGGGUAUGUGACGAUAUGGUGGGACAUCAUGAAUGAAACUCGUGGUAGCUACUCAGCUAAUGUCACAAUAAUCGACAACUUUAAGAAUCACGACAUUGAAGGGCCAUGGACACUAACCUGGGAAUGGCUUGAAGACGAAAUUCUAUUGAGCACUGUGGGUGUUAUUGGUACACAACUUGGGAAUGACGUAUCCGUAGGUGACAAUAAGUGGCCUUUGAAUAAUAAUUUGCCACUACUCAGGGAGAAAGUAGUACCAAAGUGUUGCAAGGACGAUGUGAUUCCCUCGUGGUGUAUAGAAACCGACCUUGAGAAAAGCUCUUCUUCAUUCCAAAUUACUGUUGGACGAGUUGGUACUGAAUAUUAUCCGCCACAAGAUGUCGUGUUUAAGACACCAAGAUCAGGUUUCAUGUGUUUUUCAACGAUGCCAUUUUCUACGAGACGGGGUUACUCGAUUAGAUAUCCAGGAGAGUUUGUGACGAUAAGUUGGGACAUCAUGAAUGAAACUCGUGGCAGCUACUCAGCUAAUGUCACAAUCAUCGACUACUCGAAGAAUCACGACACUGAAGGGCCAUGGGCUCUAAGCUGGGAAUGGACCGAAGACGAAAUUCUAUUGAGCACUGUGGGUGUUGCUCGUGACAAUAAUAGGCCUUUGGAUAGUAAUGUGCCACCACGCAAGGAGAAAGUAGUACCAAAGUGUAGCGAGGACGAUGUGGAUCCCUUUUAUUAUAGAGAAGAUGACCUUGCAGAAAGCUCUUAUUCGUUCCAAAUUACUGUUGGCCGAGUUGGUAUUGAGUAUUAUCCACCAGAAUAUCUCGAGGUUACGACACCAAGAUCAGAGUUACAUGUGUCGUUCACUAAUGGUGCCAUUUCUUAA